AGCACAUGUGUAAGGUUCUUCGUUGUGGCUUAGCGCUGCGAUAUUAAUUUGCUUGUGUUCCGGAGAGCUGGAAAGUUAUAUUAUCCCUUUGGUGAUAAGUAUCAUAUAAAUAUACUGCUGGCAACUCUGUUUUUUUUCUUUUAUGUCGUUCGCUUCGCUUCCCGAUUCCAACAUGGCGGUCGAAAAUUUCCGAUAGUCUUGUGUUUUGUUUCCACGCCGUGCUAAAUGAAAGUGGAUUUGGGUGGGUAAUUCAAUGCUAAUGGUAAAGAAUUUUACGCAAGAAGCAAGAUAAAGCUGAGUGCUACAAAUUGUGACAGUUAUUUGGUGCCGAGAUAUUGAUUUUGAUAGUAAAUCGAGCCUGUACCGCAAACGCGUCUGUUUUCCCUCUUAGUGAUUGGAAAAAGAAGAAGUCACGCGUAACUUUUUCAGGCAAAAUUUGUUUGGUUUGGAAGAAUAAUCAUUGAAAGAACUGGCGGCAGACGCGUUUAGUUACAGUUUUGAGGAAUGGACAGUUACAAUAUGAUGAAUAACUCGUAUGGGAAUAUUGUGUAUAGCGGUCAAACAGGUGAAAUUACGGAACUGCAAGUUGAACCACAGCCAGAACAGCAAGCCGAGUACAUUGAAGAGGAGAGUAUUUACCAGGAGUCUACAGAAGAGACCCAUACUUCAAUUGAAGUACUGAAAGAAAAUCAUUUCCAGGAGCGGGAUAGCAUAAUAGCGAACAACGUUCAGGAGGAAAGUGUCAUCGAGUCAGUGACAUAUCAAGCAAAUUCACCUACGAUGGAGCAAUCUGAUGAAAAUAAGAAUCACGAUGGUGAUGAAGAGAUGCUUGAAACUCUUGACGACAAGCAACCCGAUGAGCUAACUGAAACAGUAGAAGAUCCGGAAAAGGAAGAGCCCAACGUUGACGAAAAAACGGAUGAAGUAGAAGAGGAAAACCCGGACAACAGUAUCAACGGAGGCGAAACAGAAAAGGACCAUCCGGACGGAGAGUCAUCAAAGGAUCCAAAAGAAAACAAACUGUCUGGAGACGGAGCUAACCGAGUAAAAGUAUUUCGCAAGGAUGGUGAACCAGCUGAUUUGGACGUCUGUCGCGUGUGUACAUCGAAAGACGAUCUGUCUGACAUUUUUGAAUUUGAAUCUUCGGUGAGAAUUUGCGAUCUGAUAAUGAAAAUCUGCACAGCAGUUCGUAUAACGCAAAGAGAUCACUUGCCGCAUAAAAUUUGCAAAGGCUGUGUUGAGAAAGUACGAAUCGCGUACGAUUUUAAAACAACAUGCGAGAACACUGAUAAGGAACUACGAAAAACGUUGAAACGAGCUUACAAUAAGAGUCGAAGAACAACUGAUUUCGUUAUUGUCAACUGCCCAAUGUCGGAUGAGGAAGAAAACGAAGAGGAACCACAGGAUGAUGACGAAUACAAAGUUUCCCAGUCGGAAGUAGAAUCGGAACCGGUGACAUCCGAUGAUAGUUUUGCCCCAGUAAGUAAAAAGAAGAAAACUCCUAGACGACGAGGUCGCAGGCCGAAGAUAGAAAUUAGUCCGCCAUCUGCAACCGGUGUGAAGCGUCGACGAGGUAGGCAACCAGGCUUCAAGCUAUCACCGGCUACCCCUGCGGCAGGAACUCCACGCCGAGGGCCUGGUCGUCCUCCUAAGGCUUCUAAAUCUCCGGGAUUAGCUAAUGUUGUGUAUAUCGAGGCACCAGAAGCUAGCUCAUCAGACAGUGAUGAUGACAAACCGAUCAAACAACGCAAGACACACGAUUGCACCAAGUGCGAUGAAACUUUCAAGACCGGCGUCGAACUGAAGGAACAUCUCCAGACUCACAAGGGUGAUCUAUUUCCGUGUACGAAGUGUGAAAAAUCUUUCAAAUCGAAAGUCUACCUAUCGAAUCACCUCGAGCGGCAUGAUCAGGAUGAGAGAAAACGCGAGGAAAAAAUCAAGGCAAAGGAACUCAAAAAACAACAACAACGGCAAAAGGAGCUACAGAAGCGCCAGAAGGAAAUGGAUGAUCGCACCAAAAGACCGAAAUUGUCAGUUUCAUCCGGCGGAAGUGCGGAGAAAAAGAAAAAAGUGGAACCCGUCCCGGCCAACAGCGGGAGAGACCUUUUCAAAUGUGUUGCCCCGGUCACUUCUACAUACUGGAGCGACAGUUUUUCGGAUUAGGCAGGAAACAGACGACCGAAAGUUUCCUCUUGUCAGUAGGUGUGGAGAUGGUUGCGAGCGUGAGGACGACUGCGAAUGGAACAACUAUGUAUGCAGAGUGCCAUUUAGAUCGUCUGCGAGUCAAGGGUUGCACUUUAAUUAUUGUCUGUAUUUUUAUAUGAGAACAGUGAUAUUCACGAGACAGAUAUGAAACAGAAAAACGGCUUGGACAUUAGAAAUCCGUAUAUUUGUGUGAACAUAGCACUGCAGUAGCUUGUAAAUAAUGCUGAUUUUUUAAACAGAAUAAAAAAAAUCAAUGUUGGAAAAAAUAUUUUCAAAAUCCUAGCAUAUAAGUGAUAUUAUCAACAACAAAAAAUUGUUCAUUCAUGAGGGCAUUAAUCGCAGUUACUUUAGAGCAAAAGAAAACAAUCACUUCUUAGUUUUUGAGGCGCACAGCACAUUCAAUCUAUGAAUAUGAUUUCAAUUGCAGAUAGCUCGUAUUAUGCUUUUCACCGAGACCGACUACGAAAGCUUCACUAAACUAUCAAAAGGGGUUUUUGACGUGCGAAACACGAGCCAGAACAUUAUGAUAAAAGACUUUUUUCACUAAUUUCCAAGUACUAUCUCGAUAUCCACGAUUAAGCAUAGGUCUGUGCAAUGUCCAGCUGAAAAGUUAAACGCGUUCACAGAUAAACAAACAAGCAGAAGAUCCAUAGAAUAAAUCUUGUUUUAUAAUAGGAUUAAAGGCCUCCAAUUUGUGAUUGUCAGCAGUUGGACUAAUCAUUGACAACCAUAUUCAAUAAACGGAAAUAUAGUAAA